CCCGCCUGUUUUUCACUAAAUUGUUGUUAUUUAUGAUAGUGUACAAAUCUGCUUAUACAAUGCACACAGUAGGCUUUAUUCAAUGUAAUGUUUUAAAAAUCGUGACUUAAGGCUCGGCAAAAAUGUAUUUAUAGAAUUUUGCUAAUACGGGUAUUUUAAGAUAUCCAAUAAUGUUAUUUUGAAGACAUUAUCGGACGAGGUUUAAUAUUCGAUUUUUGGAGUACAUGUUUGUGUUUUGACAUAAAAAUCAUUUUAAUUGCCUUAACUGAUUUUUUUCUCUAUAUGUUUACGGCAGUGGGACAAACUUAAAACAAACAAUAUGUGAAUUUUAAAUCGAAAAUAAUCGCUGUUUAGGGAUAGUAAAAAAGAAGUUUCUGCAAUAUACAAAAUGGCGGCCGUUUCGGGUAUUGCUCUCGUCUCAACAUUACUGUCAGUUGCGCAUGCGUCUCGUAUGAUUUAUAUAGAACCUUCCGGCAGCCCAAAACUUAAUGAAAACUUUGAAAUGGAAUGUGAAUCCUACUUUGACAUGGACUUAGGAGAGGUUUUCUGGCAUAAGAACGGCAAAUAUAAGUAUUUGUCGGCAACAGACAGAAGUCCUCCAUACUAUUUUCACGAUUCAUCCUUAGGCAUACGAAGUCUGUCUGCGCAUGAUCAGGGGAACUAUACAUGUUCUAUCUACUACAAUAGUGCUUUUAACUAUAGUGACGUCUAUGAACUAUACCUUGGUCUAGCGCCAGACCUCUAUCUAGCUGAUAGAAAUAAAGUUCAAGUUGGUGACGAAGUUAAAUUUGUGUGCAGCCUUAUAGCCGUUCACCGACAGCUUAAUUGGGUGUUUAAAAGUGACGUCACACAAGAUAUACUAGACCCGGCCACUUACAACAGAACUAUGGGCUUUGUGAGAGAAUAUCAAUUUACUAAUGAUACAGGGUCGUUUUUAGAAAUUCAUUUACGAAAUGUUAGAGUAAAACAGUCUGGAACUUAUUCCUGCUAUACGGACAAAGAAAGAAUUGUUCACGGGGAUGAAGAACUUAUCGUUAAAGGCUAUGAGCUGUACUGUGAAAAGUCGGAGGUUCGAGCUGUGGUUGGCAGUGAUGCCGUGAUCACGUGCUAUGUUUACAGCAGUGACAAGCAGAGAAAAGAUUACAUUCAAUUCAUAGAGAACAUGAAGGUCAUUGAUAGCUUCACACAAAGGGUGUCGAUUGACAUUGAUGACAAAGAUGCCUUAACAACUUACGUACGUUUCAAACUAAUGAAUGUCAACGAGAAUGAUGAUCAGAGAUCCAUAAAAAUCAAACUGAAAAAUAUCGUGUAUGUUGCACCCGUAAUCGUUCGGCUUACCGUGUUACGGACUCCAGACAGCCGACAGUGUGAUUGCCCGAAGGAUAAACUGUGUGAUUCGGCUAACAACUGUGUUUGCCCGAUAGGAUUAACUCCCCGCCAAGGAGGAAAGUGCGGCUCUGAAACGCCCGAUUCCACCACAGAUGCAGGGUCCUCUGAAGAAGAUAUGUAUGAUGGGCCAGACGAAGAAUGGAAACCGAUGGGUAACAAGGGAAAUAAUAAAGUCGUCGUUAACCAUAAUUCUGUUGCCACAAUUGUGGGCUCUACAAUGGGAUCUCUCGGCGUUGUUUUGAUUGCGCUCGUCUGCUUUAUUUGUUACAAACGACGGAAAAAGGCAAAGGAAAAUAAGCUACAGAUGGCUGUACAUUAUACAGACCCGAGUUAUAUUUACCGGUAUGAGUACCAUUCGGAGGCUGAUCUCAUCAAAGAUAAUCCAACAUUUAACAACCCCGGGUACCAGCUGCCUCCACCAAGACCUAAAGUGUCUCUCAGGAAAGAGAAUACGUAUGUGUCUUUCAAAGAACGCCUUGAGUUCCCUAGAGAAAAGCUACAAUUAGGUGUAGAUCUAGGGGAAGGUAGAUUCGGUAAAGUUAUCCAAGCACGUGCAAUGAACAUUUCCGGCACCGGUAACUGGGAAAAAGUAGCUGUAAAGACAUGCAGAGGGACAGCUACAGACUCGGAGAAACAAGAUUUAUACUCAGAACUUGAGAUUAUGAGAAAAUUACCAAGCCAUCCGAAUCUGGUGGCAUUGUUGGGCUGUUGCUCUAAAACAGAUCCGUUGUUGAUAAUUUUGGAAUAUGUGCACCGGGGAAGUUUACUAAAUUACUUACGAAAAUGUCGUCCUAGCAGUGUUAUAUCCCGAAGUUCUGUAAAUACAGUGUCCACCUCAGCUAGUUUGAUCUCUCGCAGCUCCAUGACCGCAUCGUCUGCUAAUUCCAGUUUUAUGCAACCACGUGCAAAAGAUUUGUCAAUAUUUGCUUUACAGAUUGCACGUGGCAUGGCCCACGUGGCUUCAUGUGGCAUAAUACAUCGUGAUUUGGCAGCUCGUAACGUUUUGUUAGACACUGAUUUCACGUGCAAAAUUUGUGAUUUUGGUCUCGCACGUGAUGUCGAGGGUGUUGAUGUAUAUGAACGCACGUCAAAG